GCUACCAGUGUGACUGUCAACGCGCGUCUCCCAUUGGCGAAAGCGAGUGAGGACUAAACAGAGAGGACCGUCAGGGGAAGACCGGCACAGAGCGAGAGAGAGAGAGAGAGAGAGGAGAGAGAGUGGAGUGGACCGAGAGGAAACUUCAUCACUAGCGCGGAGGAGAGAGCGCAUCCGUGCGCAGCAUGAACCAGCCGAGUGGACUGUGGAAGAGCCUCUGAUUUCACGCGUGGACUAUCAGAAACAGAGCAGAGGAAAGUUACCAGCCAUGGCGCGCUGACUGGCACCUGGAACACGCGGGUUGGAUUCAAGUGGAUGAUAUUGCGGAGGAGUCCCGGUGUGGCGAUAUUCCAGCGGAUCGGCGUCGGAGCGACCAAAAUGACUGCGAUAUACCUCAUCUUUUGCCUUAUGGUCACAGCCGCCACCCAAGCAGCCUACUUCUCCCAGCAGCCCCAGGACCAAGUGGUGGUGUCCGGCCAGUCGGUGACUUUACCGUGCGUCAUCGUGGGCUACAGAGGAAUGGUUCAGUGGACCAAAGACGGACUGGCACUGGGCGGCGAGAGAGAUUUACCAGGCUGGACACGGUAUUCCUUAAUGGGCGACCCACUAUCAGGCGAGCACAGCUUGCAGAUCGAUUCGGCAGAGCUGGCGGACGACGCCGUGUACGAGUGUCAAGCAACACAGGCAGGACUGCGCUCCCACCGCGCCAAGCUCACUGUACUAGUUCCUCCGUCCGACCCCGUGGUGGAGGGCGGCCCUGUGGUCCGUCUGAAGGCGCAUGCACCACACAACCUCACCUGCAGAGCCUCGGGAGCCAAGCCUGCCGCCGAGAUCACAUGGUACCGAGACGGCGAAGUGAUGGACACGGCCAUUUACUCCAAGACCCUGAUGGAGGACGGCAAGAGGGAGACAGCUGUCAGUAUGCUUCCCAUCAUCCCGGAGGACAGCGACUCGGGUCGCACCUACACCUGCAGGGUUCUCAAUCCAGCCGCCCCUGCUGGAAGACAGACGUCCGUCACCAUCAACGUGCAGCACCCUCCGUCUGUGACUCUGUCCGUCCAGCCCCAGACGGUGACAGAGGGCGCUAAAGUUCUCUUCAUCUGCGCGGCUUCAGCGAACCCAGAAAUCACCGGGUACAGGUGGGCGAAAGGAGGCGUCCCCAUCUCUGAGGCCAACGGCGACAGUUUGGAGGUGACGGUGGACCACUCCUACUUCACCGACCCGGUCUCCUGCGAGGUGUCCAACUCAGUGGGGAGCACCAACGUCAGCACUCUGGUGGAUGUGCAAUUCGGCCCUCGGUUGCUGUCGGAGCCCAAGCCAAUGACGGUGGACAUGGGGAUGGACGCUGCCUUCACCUGCGCCUGGACUGGAAACCCGCCACUCACGCUGGCGUGGACCAAACAGGGCUCGAGUGUGGUCCUCAGCAAUGGCAACACCUUGCAGCUGAAGGCGGUCACCCAGGAGGACGCGGGGACCUACACCUGCAAGGCCAUCGUGCCCAGGAUAGGAGUGGCGGAGCGGGACGUGACUCUGACCGUCAACGGUCCACCCAUCAUCUCAGCAGAAGCCACGCAGCACGCCGUCAAGCACUCCAAGGGCAAGCUGGAGUGCCGGGUGGCCAGCAGCCCUCCCCCGGACAAGAUAGUUUGGUCGUUCGGAGACCUGACCCUUUCCUCCGGGACGUCUGGUCGCUACUCCGUGCAGACCGUGACCAGCAACCACGGGGUGGUGUCCUCCUUGGUUAUGUCCGAGACACAGGCCCAGGACUUCCAGCUGCGCUACAACUGCACCGCCUGGAACCGCUUUGGGUCUGGCACCGUCCUGGUCACGCUGAAGGAGCAAGAAGCCAUGCCUGUCCUGAUCAUCGUGGGCGGGGCCGUGGGUGGCGGCUGUGUCCUGCUCAUCUGCGUCAUCGCGCUGGUCUCCUUCUGCUGCAGGCACACAGGCAAAGGUGAGCUCAACGGUAAACGAUGCACCCGCCUGUCCAAGAGCGACAUCAGAGUUCAGAUCGUCCACAGCGACCACAACGCCUCGCGCGGGAACGAUGAUGAGGAAGACGUGAAAGAGCCCAUGGCUCCGAAUAGCAGCGAGUCUCCGGGGACUUCCCGAACAGAACACAGUGACCUUCUGGAGGAGGAGGAGGACGAGCGAUCGGACAUCAAGGAUCCGACGAACGGCUACUACAACGUGCGUGGCCACGACGACCGGCACAUCCGCAGCAGCGGGUUCUCGGAGUACGUCCCCAACGCACGGCCGGUCUACACGCCGUCGCAGCUCCCCUCUCCGAGCCCCAUGUACGGCCAGCACGGCACGCAGCCGCGCAUCUACGACUUCUCCCACCGGUACGCCACCACCACGGCCACGCCCUCCUCGUAUGAACAGCAGCAAGCCGCCCAGCAGCCGGCGACUCAGCCCGCUAGCAUCUAUCCGGCCGACCCGCUCUACAACAGCGGCUCCGCCUACCUGCCUGCUACCUACGGCCGUGCGUUCACCAGCUACGUCAAGCCCGCGUCCUACGAGAAGGUGGACGCCUACGACCAGUCCGAUCAGGCCAGCAAGGUGUCCAGCUCCUCCCGCUUCUCGUACGCCUCCUCACAAGUGUCCUCGCAGCAGUCCGACUACGGCCGGCCUUCACAGCGCAUGCAGACGCACGUCUGAUCGAACACUUCCAGAGGAACCUUGCCAUGAUUCGCCGCCACAUGGCCGGACUAACAAAGACAUUCUUAACCUGGGUGGACCUACGAGGACAGUUCUGACGUGUAAUUUAGGUUAUGGAAUAACCAACUCUCACUUCAAGGAUCCGCAGUGGAACUAAUGAGAAGCUGCUGAGCAGAUAGUGACGACACCGAAGCCGUCGGUCUGGGGGACACAAAUGGAGGCGGGGACUGUGUGUGUGUGUGUCAAACAUUGAAAAGAGACGCAGGAACAAACUGGGACUUGAACAUGUUGUCGUCUGUCAUUCGGUGUUUUGUUGGCAUGCAAAAGGAAUUCUAAGCACAUUUGUGUCUCUACCAUCUACCGAGGACUGAGCUUUCACUGAGACUCUCCUGCACAACACGCGAGCGCCACUGACCAACAAGUCUUACUAGCACUGCACUAAGUGAAGAGUUGAAUCAAACCCAAGUUCGGAAACUUUCCCGCGUGGAACAGAAUGUGCAGCCUCGCCGCGGCGCGAGGGCGACGCUUGGAUCGGCCACGAAACCCAAAGAUGGCGAUAGAAAUCUCCAGUGGGUUUUACAGGAACAAUCAGAAAGAAGGCAAUCUUAACUUAAACUAAACUUGAAUGCAGUGUCUGCUUGGGUCGGGCGGCGAGACGUGCCACGGGCUCCGGGUUCGGACCGCGCCAUCGAGUUUUACAACCCAAUCAAACUGUCUCAAUGUUUACAACAAGAGCUACCCUGAAACAGUGUGUAAAAAUGGCCGAGCCCAUACUUCUCUCUCUGUUGCAUGCUAUCGAUGUCUCGUGAAAAAAAUCAUCCGCGUUUCUACUCCUCGUCAUCUCACGUGGGGGAUGCCUGGUGGUGCUCAGUAUGGAUGCCUGUACUGCCAUUUGUCCUAACAGACCAGAGAGAACAAACGUGGAGAAGCAAACAUCAUCGCUUUGUCUUUAUUUUUAUAUUUUCUACAAGCCUUAAUGUACAGUGUGUGAGCUGCUCUCUUGUACAGUAUCUUUAUAAACAUAUAUCUUGGUUUGAAGCCACGUUUUCAGUUCUGAUCAAUCACUGAAUGCUUUUUCUUUGCUUCACAACUAAUUUCCAUUUGUUUGUUCAUGAUUUUAAUAAUGUAUUCAGAAAUUUAUUUGCUAAAAAAAUGAGCUAUUGUUGCUUGUACGUUUGUACACAUAUUUAUAUUUAAAUAAAACCAUUUCAGA